AUGUCUGCUAUUUCAGUUUGUUUCCUAUUAAUUUUCAGCUUCACUUUUCAAUUAACACUAAGCCUGCCUGCCGCUACAACAACAACAACUUCUGCUAUUGAUGAAACAUCUGGACAGACGACAACUAACAGUAAAGAACAGUUAAAUAAUACUGAUGCAUAUGCUUAUAAGAUACCAGAUGCAAGCAGUAGUGAAGAUGAUGCGAAUUGGACAGUAAUUUCACAUGAUGCACUUCAUGAAGCAUUGAAUUCUACAGAUGAUUCACUAGAUCAUGGUGAUGAGACAACGGAAAGCAGACUUGAUAAGACUACAACACCAACACUACUGUCGACUACUGUCAGUGAAACAACUGAAGAAUCAUCGUCUGUCUCAUCACAAAAGUCUGAAAAACAGCAGCAACAGCAACAACCGAGUGAUACCGAAGACAAAAAGACAGGAAAUGAAGGUGAAAAACAGACAGCAGCCAAGUCAACUAAAUCUACUACAACUUCAGAAGAAACAGCUGUUUAA